AUGGCUAAGAAAGAAAGCAAGUGUACUCUAAAAGGCAGAAAAUGUACUUAUGAAGAAUGUUGUGUGUAUGAAGGAAAGAUAUACAGGACACCAGACCUCAUUUACAAUACAACUGAUGGCAUGGGGGGAUGCAUUGUAGCAUACUGUAUUAAGGGAGUGAUCGAAGGAAACAACACAGCUUGCAGUUCACCUACAACUACACCUACAACUGUUUUCAGCUUUUCUACUACAACUCCUAUAACAACACCAACAACGGGAACACCAACAACUGAAACAUCAAAAACACCACCAACAUCAACACCAACAACUGGAACAUCAAAAACACCAACAACAGGAACAAAAACAACACCAACAACUGGAACAACAACAGCGCCAACAACUGGAACAACAAAAACACCAACAACAGUAACACCAACAACUGGAACAUCAAAAACACCAACAACAGGACCAACAACUGAAACACCAAAAACACCGACUACCACCACUACCACUGUCAGCAGCACUAUUAAAGUAUGUUCUGUAACUCCAGAGGAUGCAGGAUGCACUUGGUCAAGAUGGUUUGACGUAAGUUACCCUUCUUACGGCAAGGACAAUGGAGAUUUCGAAACCUUAGGAGACAUAAGGAAAGCAGGAUUUGAAAUUUGUGAUGCACCUCAAAAUGUUGAAUGCAGAGCAAAGUUUUUCCCUGAAAAUGCAAUAGAAGACCUACAUCAAAUAGUGACAUGUAGCAAAUAUGUGGGUCUGAUUUGUAUUAACAGCCAACAACCACAGAGAAUUUGUUACAAUUACGAAAUCAGAGUGCAAUGUUGUUCCCCAAUAGCAGAUUGCACGAAACAAGUAACAUCAUCAACUGUUAAAACAACAGGUAUAUCUAGUUCAACCGCAUCAACUUCAAAAUCUACCAUAACUAAAACACCAUAUUCAUCUGUUUCUGUUACUCCGACAUUGACAAGUGAAACGAAAACAACCUCUAGCACAAGCACAUCAUCCUCAAAAACUACCAUAAGUACAACAAACCGUUCUACCUCUGUUUUUACCGUAUCCACAACUGGAACAUUAACAACUAGUUCAAUCAAACCAUCUUCAACAAUAACAACAACACCAUACUCAGUUAUCUCUACUACAUCAACAUCUACGAGCAGAACAUCCACAGGUACAACAAAAUUCACUUCAUCUGAAACAUCAACCAAGACAACGCCAACAUCUACUUCUGUUUCUACAAGUAAGAGUACAAGUGGAACAACAGUUUCAUCAACACCGCCUACUCAUUUAUCAACCAGUGUUUCAACUACUUCUUCAACAACUUGUCCAUACGCAUAUUCCAUGAAAUGCUAUUGGUCAUCAUUCAUGGAAGGUAACGAUACACCAACAAAGUCUGUUAAAGAAGGAGAAAGUUUAUCAGGAAGUGAUUCCAGUGAAGAGCCUCGUCAACCCUCUAAGGGCUCCCCCAAUAAAAAAGAUAGCAGCUCUGCAAAGGGUUCUAAGGAAAAAGUUACACCUCCCAAUAAAGGAUACUUCAAUGAAGUGCUGAAAAAGCUUUUCAAGGGCUCCUCAAGUGAAGAAGACCAAAGCCGUAACUUAGGAAGAAAAGAUUCCAAACAGAAUGACAGCAAGCCCAGUAAAGGAUAUUUCAAUGAAUUCAUCAAAAGAAUUUUCAAAAGUUCUUCAAGCGAAGAAAACCAAAACGGCAACUCUGGAAGAAGUGAUUCUCAAGAAAAAGUCAGCAAAACAGAUAAAGGAUUCUUAAAUGAAAUAAUCAACAAGGUUUUUAAAGACUUUUCAAGCGAGGAAGCCGAUUUACCCACAAUCUUCCAGUCUGGUAAAGAUGUCGAUAGCUCAGAGCUACUAAAGGUCGUUGGUUAUGGAAUAUGUUCAACACAGCAAAUGGCCAGUGAAAUUGAGUGUAACGUAAGAUCAGACUUGAGCAUCAAGAAGAAAAAUUCUGUAUUACAGUGUAACAGGGACACUGCUAUUGCUUGCCUACUGGCCAGACAGGAAGGAAUCGAUGCACUAGUAUGUGACUAUUAUAGUAUAAGGGUACUAUGCUGUUCUAAAGUCUGUGGUGAAACAACAGCACUUACCGAAUCUACAAGUGAAACACCAACCACCUCUAUCUCAACUAAAACAUCUACAUCACCAUAUUAUCAUUCUACAACUAUAAGUGAGAAAACAACCAGCCCCAUUUCAACUAUAAGCACAACCAAGACAACCCCAACAUCAACCUCUCAUUCUACUACACCAACAAGCCAAACCACAACAACUUCACCAUCAACCUCAAUAAGGUCAACCCCCACAUCUACCUCUGUUUCUACACCAACCACCUCUAUCUCAACUAAAACAUCUACACCACCAUAUUAUGAUUCUACAACUACAAGUGAGAGAACAACCAGCCCCAUUUCAACUAUAAGCACAACCAAGACAACCCCAAUAUCAACCUCUUAUUCUACUACAACAACAAGCAAAACCACAACUACUUCACCAUCAACCUCAACGAGGUCAACCCCCACAUCUACCCCUGUUUCUACAAGUAGGAGUACAAGUGGAACGACAGUUUCAUCAACACCGCCCACUCAUUCAUCAACCAGUGUUUCAACUACUUCUUCAACAACUUGUCCAUACGCAUAUUCCAUGAAAUGCUAUUGGUCAUCAUUUAUGGAAGGUAACGAUACACCAACAAAGUCUGUUAAAGAAGGAGAAAGUUUAUCAGGUAGUGAUUCCAGUGAAGAGCCGCGUCAACCCUCUAAGGGCUCCCCCAAUAAAAAAGAUAGCAGCUCUGCAAAGGGUUCUAAGGAAAAAGUUACACCUCCCAAUAAAGGAUACUUCAAUGAAGUGCUGAAAAAGCUUUUCAAGGGCUCCUCAAGUGAAGAAGACCAAAGCCGUAACUCAGGAAGAAAAGAUUCUAAACAGAAUGACAGCAAGCCCAGUAAAGGAUAUUUCAAUGAAUUCAUCAAAAGAAUUUUCAAAAGUUCUUCAAGCGAAGAAAACCAAAACGGCAACUCUGGAAGAAGUGAUUCUCAAGAAAAAGUCAGCAAAACAGAUAAAGGAUUCUUAAAUGAAAUAAUCAACAAGGUUUUUAAAGACUUUUCAAGCGAGGAAGCCGAUUUACCCACAAUCUUCCAGUCUGGUAAAGAUGUCGAUAGCUCAGAGCUACUAAAGGUCGUUGGUUAUGGAAUAUGUUCAACACAACAAAUGGCCAGUGAAAUUGAGUGUAACGUAAGAUCAGACUUGAGCAUCAAGAAUAAAAAUUCAGCAUCACAGUGUAACAGGGACACUGCUAUUGCUUGCCUACUGGCCAGACAGGAAGGAAUUGAUGCACCAGUAUGUGACUAUUAUAGUAUUAGGGUACUAUGCUGUUCUAAAGUCUGUGGUGAAACAAGAGUUUAUACCGAAUCUACAAGUGAAACACCAACCACCUCUAUCUCAACUAAAACAUCUACACCACCAUAUUAUCAUUCUACAACUAUAAGUGAGAAAACAACCAGCCCCAUUUCAACUAUAAGCACAACCAAGACAACCCCAACAUCAACCUCUCAUUCUACUACACCAACAAGCCAAACCACAACCACUUCACCAUCAACCUCAAUAAGGUCAACCCCCACAUCUACCUCUGUUUCUACACCAACCACCUCUAUCUCAACUAAAACAUCUACACCACCAUAUUAUGAUUCUACAACUACAAGUGAGAGAACAACCAGCCCCAUUUCAACUAUAAGCACAACCAAGACAACCCCAAUAUCAACCUCUUAUUCUACUACACCAACAAGCCAAACCACAACCACUUCACCAUCAACCUCAAUAAGGUCAACCCCCACAUCUACCUCUGUUUCUACACCAACCACCUCUAUCUCAACUAAAACAUCUACACCACCAUAUUAUGAUUCUACAACUACAAGUGAGAGAACAACCAGCCCCAUUUCAACUAUAAGCACAACCAAGACAACCCCAAUAUCAACCUCUUAUUCUACUACAACAACAAGCAAAACCACAACUACUUCACCAUCAACCUCAACGAGGUCAACCCCCACAUCUACCCCUGUUUCUACAAGUAGGAGUACAAGUGGAACGACAGUUUCAUCAACACCGCCCACUCAUUCAUCAACCAGUGUUUCAACUACUUCUUCAACAACUUGUCCAUACGCAUAUUCCAUGAAAUGCUAUUGGUCAUCAUUUAUGGAAGCUAACGAUACACCAACAAAGUCUGUUAAAGAAGGAGAAAGUUUAUCAGGAAGUGAUUCCAGUGAAGAGCCUCGUCAACCCUCUAAGGGCUCCCCCAAUAAAAAAGAUAGCAGCUCUGCAAAGGGUUCUAAGGAAAAAGUUACACCUCCCAAUAAAGGAUACUUCAAUGAAGUGCUGAAAAAGCUUUUCAAGGGCUCCUCAAGUGAAGAAGACCAAAGCCGUAACUCAGGAAGAAAAGAUUCUAAACAGAAUGACAGCAAGCCCAGUAAAGGAUAUUUCAAUGAAUUCAUCAAAAGAAUUUUCAAAAGUUCUUCAAGCGAAGAAAACCAAAACGGUAACUCUGGAAGAAGUGAUUCUCAAGAAAAAGUCAGCAAAACAGAUAAAGGAUUCUUAAAUGAAAUAAUCAACAAGGUUUUUAAAGACUUUUCAAGCGAGGAAGCCGAUUUACCCACAAUCUUCCAGUCUGGUAAAGAUGUUGAUAGCUCAGAGCUACUAAAGGUCGUUGGUUAUGGAAUAUGUUCAACACAGCAAAUGGCCAGUGAAAUUGAGUGUAACGUAAGAUCAGACUUGAGCAUCAAGAAGAAAAAUUCAGUAUCACAGUGUAACAGGGACACUGCUAUUGCUUGCCUACUGGCCAGACAGGAAGGAAUCGAUGCACCAGUAUGUGACUAUUAUAGUAUUAGGGUACUAUGCUGUUCUAAAGUCUGUGGUGAAACAACAGCACUUACCGAAUCUACAAGUGAAACACCAACCACCUCUAUCUCAACUAAAACAUCUACAUCACCAUAUUAUCAUUCUACAACUAUAAGUGAGAAAACAACCAGCCCCAUUUCAACUAUAAGCACAACCAAGACAACCCCAACAUCAACCUCUCAUUCUACUACACCAACAAGCCAAACCACAACCACUUCACCAUCAACCUCAAUAAGGUCAACCCCCACAUCUACCUCUGUUUCUACACCAACCACCUCUAUCUCAACUAAAACAUCUACACCACCAUAUUAUGAUUCUACAACUACAAGUGAGAGAACAACCAGCCCCAUUUCAACUAUAAGCACAACCAAGACAACCCCAAUAUCAACCUCUUAUUCUACUACAACAACAAGCAAAACCACAACUACUUCACCAUCAACCUCAACGAGGUCAACCCCCACAUCUACCCCUGUUUCUACAAGUAGGAGUACAAGUGGAACGACAGUUUCAUCAACACCGCCCACUCAUUCAUCAACCAGUGUUUCAACUACUUCUUCAACCACUUGUCCAUACGCAUAUUCCAUGAAAUGCUAUUGGUCAUCAUUUAUGGAAGGGCUCCCCAAUAAAAAAGAUAGCAGCUCUGCAAAGGGUUCUAAGGAAAAAGUUACACCUCCCAAUAAAGGAUACUUCAAUGAAGUGCUGAAAAAGCUUUUCAAGGGCUCCUCAAGUGAAGAAGACCAUAGCCGUAACUCAGGAAGAAAAGAUUCUAAACAGAAUGACAGCAAGCCCAGUAAAGGAUAUUUCAAUGAAUUCAUCAAAAGAAUUUUCAAAAGUUCUUCAAGCGAAGAAAACCAAAACGGUAACUCUGGAAGAAGUGAUUCUCAAGAAAAAGUCAGCAAAACAGAUAAAGGAUUCUUAAAUGAAAUAAUCAACAAGGUUUUUAAAGACUUUUCAAGCGAGGAAGCCGAUUUACCCACAAUCUUCCAGUCUGGUAAAGAUGUUGAUAGCUCAGAGCUACUAAAGGUCGUUGGUUAUGGAAUAUGUUCAACACAGCAAAUGGCCAGUGAAAUUGAGUGUAACGUAAGAUCAGACUUGAGCAUCAAGAAGAAAAAUUCUGUAUCACAGUGUAACAGGGACACUGCUAUUGCUUGCCUACUGGCCAGACAGGAAGGAAUCGAUGCACCAGUAUGUGACUAUUAUAGUAUUAGGGUACUAUGCUGUUCUAAAGUCUGUGGUGAAACAACAGCACUUACCGAAUCUACAAGUGAAACACCAACCACCUCUAUCUCAACUAAAACAUCUACAUCACCAUAUUAUCAUUCUACAACUAUAAGUGAGAAAACAACCAGCCCCAUUUCAACUAUAAGCACAACCAAGACAACCCCAACAUCAACCUCUCAUUCUACUACACCAACAAGCCAAACCACAACCACUUCACCAUCAACCUCAAUAAGGUCAACCCCCACAUCUACCUCUGUUUCUACACCAACCACCUCUAUCUCAACUAAAACAUCUACACCACCAUAUUAUGAUUCUACAACUACAAGUGAGAGAACAACCAGCCCCAUUUCAACUAUAAGCACAACCAAGACAACCCCAAUAUCAACCUCUUAUUCUACUACAACAACAAGCAAAACCACAACUACUUCACCAUCAACCUCAACGAGGUCAACCCCCACAUCUACCCCUGUUUCUACAAGUAGGAGUACAAGUGGAACGACAGUUUCAUCAACACCGCCCACUCAUUCAUCAACCAGUGUUUCAACUACUUCUUCAACAACUUGUCCAUACGCAUAUUCCAUGAAAUGCUAUUGGUCAUCAUUUAUGGAAGGUAACGAUACACCAACAAAGUCUGUUAAAGAAGGAGAAAGUUUAUCAGGUAGUGAUUCCAGUGAAGAGCCGCGUCAACCCUCUAAGGGCUCCCCCAAUAAAAAAGAUAGCAGCUCUGCAAAGGGUUCUAAGGAAAAAGUUACACCUCCCAAUAAAGGAUACUUCAAUGAAGUGCUGAAAAAGCUUUUCAAGGGCUCCUCAAGUGAAGAAGACCAAAGCCGUAACUCAGGAAGAAAAGAUUCUAAACAGAAUGACAGCAAGCCCAGUAAAGGAUAUUUCAAUGAAUUCAUCAAAAGAAUUUUCAAAAGUUCUUCAAGCGAAGAAAACCAAAACGGCAACUCUGGAAGAAGUGAUUCUCAAGAAAAAGUCAGCAAAACAGAUAAAGGAUUCUUAAAUGAAAAAAUCAACAAGGUUUUUAAAGACUUUUCAAGCGAGGAAGCCGAUUUACCCACAAUCUUCCAGUCUGGUAAAGAUGUCGAUAGCUCAGAGCUACUAAAGGUCGUUGGUUAUGGAAUAUGUUCAACACAGCAAAUGGCCAGUGAAAUUGAGUGUAACGUAAGAUCAGACUUGAGCAUCAAGAAUAAAAAUUCAGUAUCACAGUGUAACAGGGACACUGCUAUUGCUUGCCUACUGGCCAGACAGGAAGGAAUUGAUGCACCAGUAUGUGACUAUUAUAGUAUUAGGGUACUAUGCUGUUCUAAAGUCUGUGGUGAAACAAGAGUUUAUACCGAAUCUACAAGUGAAACACCAACCACCUCUAUCUCAACUAAAACAUCUACACCACCAUAUUAUCAUUCUACAACUAUAAGUGAGAAAACAACCAGCCCCAUUUCAACUAUAAGCACAACCAAGACAACCCCAACAUCAACCUCUCAUUCUACUACACCAACAAGCCAAACCACAACCACUUCACCAUCAACCUCAAUAAGGUCAACCCCCACAUCUACCUCUGUUUCUACACCAACCACCUCUAUCUCAACUAAAACAUCUACACCACCAUAUUAUGAUUCUACAACUACAAGUGAGAGAACAACCAGCCCCAUUUCAACUAUAAGCACAACCAAGACAACCCCAAUAUCAACCUCUUAUUCUACUACAACAACAAGCAAAACCACAACUACUUCACCAUCAACCUCAACGAGGUCAACCCCCACAUCUACCCCUGUUUCUACAAGUAGGAGUACAAGUGGAACGACAGUUUCAUCAACACCGCCCACUCAUUCAUCAACCAGUGUUUCAACUACUUCUUCAACAACUUGUCCAUACGCAUAUUCCAUGAAAUGCUAUUGGUCAUCAUUUAUGGAAGGUAACGAUACACCAACAAAGUCUGUUAAAGAAGGAGAAAGUUUAUCAGGAAGUGAUUCCAGUGAAGAGCCUCGUCAACCCUCUAAGGGCUCCCCCAAUAAAAAAGAUAGCAGCUCUGCAAAGGGUUCUAAGGAAAAAGUUACACCUCCCAAUAAAGGAUACUUCAAUGAAGUGCUGAAAAAGCUUUUCAAGGGCUCCUCAAGUGAAGAAGACCAAAGCCGUAACUCAGGAAGAAAAGAUUCUAAACAGAAUGACAGCAAGCCCAGUAAAGGAUAUUUCAAUGAAUUCAUCAAAAGAAUUUUCAAAAGUUCUUCAAGCGAAGAAAACCAAAACGGUAACUCUGGAAGAAGUGAUUCUCAAGAAAAAGUCAGCAAAACAGAUAAAGGAUUCUUAAAUGAAAUAAUCAACAAGGUUUUUAAAGACUUUUCAAGCGAGGAAGCCGAUUUACCCACAAUCUUCCAGUCUGGUAAAGAUGUUGAUAGCUCAGAGCUACUAAAGGUCGUUGGUUAUGGAAUAUGUUCAACACAGCAAAUGGCCAGUGAAAUUGAGUGUAACACAGGAAGGAAUCGAUGCACCAGUAUGUGA